GACACGAUAACUAUGUUGAAGGAGUUGGUCGCCGAAGAGGGACUUGAGUCCUUAUAUCGUGGUUUACGGCCCGUUUUGGUCAGUCUAUGCGCUUCCGGUUUCGUCUAUUUCUAUACAUUUCACGGCUUGCGAGCCGUCUUCGGCUCCAAUCCAUCGAAAGGACACUCGGCUCUGAAGGACCUGACGUUGGGUGCGAUCGCCGGCGCGGUGAAUGUGUUGCUGACAACCCCUCUAUGGGUGAUAAACAUGAGGAUCAAAAUGCAAGGCACGCGAGUGUCCGAAGCGGAUCGAAAAUUGCGUAAAUACCCUCAUUAUGACGGAGUGUUGGACGCCAUCUGCAAGAUCUCGCAGACCGAAGGCCUGUUGACCCUCUGGAGCAGUGUUCUGCCAUCGCUGGUACUGGUGUCCAAUCCGGCCCUUCAGUUCAUGAUCUACGAGCUGUUGAAACGCGAAGCGCAACAACUGCUCAAAACCAAUGAACUGAACGGAAUGAUUGUCUUCAUGUUGGGCGCCAUUUCCAAGAGUAUCAGUACUGUUGUCACGUAUCCCUUACAAGUGGUUCAGUCCAAACAACGAUAUGGCACCGAAGAGGCGAAAAAGAUGUCAAUGAUUGAGAUCUUGCAAUGGAUUGUCCGCAAGAAUGGCGUUCAAGGCUUAUACAAAGGGCUGGAAUCGAAACUACUGCAGACCGUACUGACCACUGCGCUCAUGUACUUGUGCUACGAGAAGAUCUCGGCCACAGUCUUUCAGAUCAUGAGGGGAUCC